UUUUUAUCUACAAAAAGGGAAACAGUAAUUCAAACCAAAACACCCAUUCUUUAGUACAAAAAUGCUGCCGACCUUUCCACCUUCAACUGGUUCUAAUGUUAUGUAAGGCACCCACUACCACCAAGCAUUAGUGACUCAGAACAAUUCAAUCCGCCAUGAAUCAUGGGGCUACCUUCCAAAACAAUUGUAUUAGAUAAUGGUGCUUAUACUGUGAAAGCAGGAUUUGCUGAUCGGAAUGUUCUAGAAAUACCCAACUGCCUUACACGGUCAAAGGAUGGAAACCGCUUGUUUUUAGGAGACGAGUUGUCGAAUUGUAAUGAUUUUACCACUUUGCAAUUUCGUAGAGCGCAUGAAAAAGGAUAUCUUGUACACUGGAGUACAGAGACAGCGGUUUGGGAUCAAGUGAUGCGACGGUUGGGGAUUACUGAGCCUAGUAUGGACGGUCAUUCAUUAAUCCUAACACAGGCUCCAUUCACGAUGCCAUCUAUAGAACUUAACACAAUUCAGCUAAUUUUUGAAGAAUUCGGGUUCGAUGCGUAUUUUACAUGUACGCCGGCAGAAUUAAUUCCAUGGGAUCAUGAUUGCUUUACAAAAGGCGACGAAACUUCUUACAAAAAUACACACGGCGAAUGUGUUUUAGUUAUUGAUUCUGGUUAUAGUUUUACCCAUAUAAUCCCUGUCAUUGAUUCUCGAAUACAAGAAAAUGCUGUACAAAGAAUUGAUGUUGGAGGCAGGUUUUUGACCAACUAUUUAAAAGAAGUUAUUUCUUAUCGAAAAUAUAACAUGAUGGAGGAGACAUAUUUAAUGAAUGAAAUAAAAGAAUCGGUAUGCUUUGUCUCCCAAAACUUUGCGCAAGACUUGUCUCUUGCACAGACAAAGCCAAAAUCGAAGCACGACAUCCUUUAUGCGCUACCAGACUACAGUUCUGGUAAGUUUGGACAUGUAGUCAAAGACUUGAACAAAGUUAUCGACCAGCAGGUAUUAAAACUUGCCAAUGAGCGAUUCGCUACUCCUGAACUCUUAUUUUCUCCGUCUGAUGUUGGUUUGCAGGAAGCUGGCAUUCCUGAAGCAGUUAUGCAAAGCGUACAAGGUUUUUCAGAAGAAAUCGCGGCCAUGCUUCUUAGUAAUAUCGUUACCAUAGGAGGAAGUUGUAAAUUUCCAGGGUUUCAUCAGCGAUUGGAAGCUGACUUACGCUCGCUUUCACCAGAAGAUAUAGAGCUUCGUGUUUUUCAACCGUCUAAUCCAUCCACAUAUGCUUGGAAUCGUGGAGCCCACAUGCCUAUUGAAUACUGGAAUACAAAUAGUAUUGCCAAGUCAGAAUAUCUUGAACAUGGUCCUAAUAUAUUAUAUAGAAGGAAAAAGUUAUGAAGUUACGAAAAGGUUUCUAAAAAUUCAUUGCAUUCAAAUAAGAUUGCCAGUUGCAAUUAUUACUACUAUUGUUACUACUUGUUUCUAACCACUGACCUCAUACUAUCACGCUUUUUAUUUAUUCAUUUCAAUUAUCCCA